AGGCUCCAGUGUCAGAGGCAGCAGCAUUCCUUCUGCAAAAGGGAAGGGAGGGACCUAAAAUGGCGGCGGCGGCCACAGCGGCGGGGGCCUCAGAGCAGCAAAGCUCUAAUGGUCCUGUGAAGAAAUCAAUGCGCGAGAAGGCUGUGGAGCGGAGGAAUAUUAACAAAGAACACAACAGUAACUUCAAGGCUGGAUAUAUUCCAAUUGAUGAGGAUCGUCUGCACAAAACUGGUUUGCGAGGCAGGAAGGGAAACUUGGCAAUUUGUGUAAUUGUCCUCCUAUUUAUUUUAGCAGUCAUCAAUUUGAUUAUCACCCUCAUCAUCUGGGCUGUGAUUCGUAUUGGACCAAAUGGCUGUGACAGCAUGGAGUUUCACGACAGUGGCUUAUUGCGGUUUAAACAAGAUUCUGAUAUGGGAAUUAUACAUCCAUUGUAUAAAAGCACAGUGGGAGGUCGACGUAAUGAAGAUUUAGUGAUUGUGGGAGAAAACCAGCCAGUUGUGUUUCAGCAAGGAGACACAAAGCUCAGCGUUGAAAAAAAUCAAACUUCAAUUACCAGUGAUAUUGGUAUGGAAUUUGUCGAUCCACGGACUCAGAACACUUUGUUCAGCACCGACUAUAAUACACAUGAGUUUCACUUGCCAAGUGGAGUAAAAACUCUGAAUGUUCAAAAAGCAUCAACUGAGAGGAUUACCAGCAAUGCCACCAGUGAUCUAAAUAUAAAGGUGGAUGGGCAUGCUAUUGUCCGUGGAAAUGAAGGUGUUUUCAUCAUGGGCAAAACCAUUGAGUUUCAUAUGUGGGGUGAUAUGGAACUGAGAGCAGAUAAGAGCAUUGUCCUCAAUGGAAGCGUGAUGGUCAGUACUUCUCGACUGCCAAGUUAUUCCCCCAAAGAUCAAUUUAGCAACGGUGACUGGGAGCGUUACAAGCUUUGCAUGUGUGCUGAUGGGACUCUAUUCCGUGUUCAAGUUAAAACCCGCAACAUGGGAUGUCAAACCUCUGUUAACCCUUGUGGCAACACAUAUUAAAGACAAAGCUAUGAACAGUGGGAACAGGAUGAACCAUUUGUAUUAGAUUUGAACAGAUGCAUGUUUGGAAGGUUGUUGUUGUUUUUACAGCAUAUUACAUGAAGCACUUUUUACACAGUAUUAGAUUGAUAUAAUCAAUCAUGUUUAAAAUAAGCCAUUAGUUAAUGUGAGUGCAUCUCAAUACGUUAGGCACCAAUUUCACUCCCGAAGUGCUUUAGGACAGUGUUACUCAGACUUUUUACCCUUAAGACCCCCCUUUUACAUCUGCAUGCAGAUAUUGAACCAUCCCCCCAUGCUCGACACAGUAUAUGAAUAAAAAUAUUUUGUUUAUUUAGUGUGCAAAUUUUCAUCUGCACAUUUGUAUAUAUUCACAUUUUAACAUUUUAUAUUAAAUAUUAUUCAAAUUAGAGGGGGUUUUUUUUUAAUCUAUAUUCAGCUCAAUGCAUGUGUAAAUUUUCACAUAAAAAAGUAUAGGAUGAGGAAAUAGAGUGAUCAGAGCUUCCAGGUCUCAUGCCCUCCAUGAGCAACAUUCACAUGCCCCCUGGGGGAUCCACCACACCAUUUGAAAACUACUGCUUUAGGAUAUUUUUGAAUUGAGGUUACCAAAGCCAUUGCCAGAAAGCAUAGUUUUCUUUAUGAUACUCUUGCUUUGCAAAGUUACAUUUUUCCCAAAUGUUCUGCCAGAAUCUUCACAGAUAAGCCUUAUUUGCCCUAACUUUCGGUCUUGAACAGAUUCAGUUUUCUCUUGCAACUUUGUGUGUACUGAAGCAUACAUGUAUGAUACUGUAUGCAAAAGAAGAGAAUGAUGUUAGCCUUCAUAAUUACAAAAAUGCAAACAUAGAAAUGUAAAGAGUCUCAUGUCCCUAGAACUUGUACACCUACUUGGCAAUCAAUUGCUUGUUUUUGAUUACAGUUAUAUGUACUUGUAGGGAUGCAAGCAAACAGGCGCUAACCUUUCUUUUUCUAUACUAUUUUGCCAAGAUAUUAAAAUGAAUGACUGCCUAAUAGAGGUUACAAGCUGAGCAUUUUCUUGUGAACAUCAAACUUGAUUGAACUCUGUGUUCCUUUCUGUAGCAUUUAUACAUACCAUUAUUUGCAUAAAUUCAUAUAUAAAUAGGCUUGCAUUGUAUUCUGGAAAAUAUCCCAUGAAAAGCAGGAUUACUGUUUCAAAGAAAGGCAUCAGGAACUAUCAUUUUUUUAGCUAUGAUAUUAUCCACACACACACACCCCACUCAGAUCUGUCUUGAAUGCAGUGUUUUGAAAGACUUUAUGGGAUAAAAGGAAGACUCUAUAAGCAAUGGUUCUCAGCCUUUCGUCCUCCAGAUGUUUGGGGACUUCAAAAAUAAUUGCUGCGCUUUAGCCAUCCUGGCUGGGAUUUUUGAAAGUCGAAGUCCAAAACAUUUUGAAGAACAAAGAUUGAAAACCACUGCCAUAUAGUUAUACUUUCCCCAUUCUUUACAUAGGUUCUGGCUUGUAUUUGAAUAUAUUGUAUUUUAUGUUAUACCCAGUUUAUUUCCCUGUCAAGGAAUAUAGUUUGAGGUUCAGGAAGGACAUACUUAGAUUAUCUUUAGCCACAUGCUAACAGACACCCUAAAUUAAUAUUAAGGGCUUCUCAUCCCCUGAAACCCCAAAUUCUUCUUGUAUAUUUUGAAAGUUUGGCACAAGAGGAAAGGAAACUUGGCAAAAACAACAUGUAGAUAGAUGCUGAAGAUAUCCUCAAUCAAGUUUUGAUGGUGGUUAAGGUAUAGAAAACUGCAGAAGUAAUUUGGAAGAUAAGUGAAAGGUUAAUAUUUAAGAAUCCUAAUCUUUCAAACCUCCAACAGCAUUUUAAGGUAAAGAAAAUCUCUAAGAUGCUAUAAGCAGUGCCAAAUAGAAUAUUUUGUAUCUCCACUGUCUGCAGCUAGCAAACAUUAAUUCAUAAUCGCAUGACCCUUCAUUUCCCAGUGCAUGCAAAACUAUAUACUGUAUGAGCAAUUCAGGACUUUAUUCAGGACAGCAUUUCAGUAUUGGUUGUAUAUGCUUGAUAGUCAUGCUGAAAUAGCUUAUUCUUCUGCAUGAUAAUUAUGGCAGCUUCUAUCCAUAUUUAAUGUUUUUGGUGUGAACAAAUUAAAGGUUUGAUGUUAGGUUGUUCUGUUACCUUUGAACUUUAAAUUAUUGUUCUUAAUAAUUUGGGGGUUUAUCCAAAUGGUAUUGUUCUGUUAUGGCAAUAGUUAAAGAAAUUGUUUUCAUCCUUUUAAGGUUAUAAAACCCAGUAUUUUGAUUCUGCUUACACAGUACAUAACUUCAUUUUGCCAGGUGUUGCCAGUACUUGUUCUGCUAGCUAUUGUCAAGCACUAGCAGAGUAGUGGAAACAUUUUUCUGUUAACCUGAUAUUGGAUAUAACCACCACCACCCGCCAUUUUAAUGUGCUAUUUAUGUAUUAGCUCUAUAUGUAAGGAUAAUAUUACUGACUUAUCUUACAGGACUGUUGUAAGGAGUAAGAUCGUGUUUAUAUGAAGUGGUUUGAACUACUUGAAAUGUGCUAUGUAUGUACUAAAUACUAUUAAUAUAGUUAUAUAGUUUUAACCCUACUCUACCUCAGCCCCAUAAAAUGGGGGUAGAGAAGAAAGCAUUCAUCAAAAUGUAUAGACUGAUUUGUAUGCGAAACAGUUUUGUUGCAUUUGGCCAAAGUUCUUCACAGUGGCCAUACUUUCUCUUCUUUUACUUAUGGGCUUUAUUGUCAGAUUCAUAUGUUAUGGAGGGCAGGAAAUAUGUGGAGUGCACAAUGAAAAACUCCAAUAAAAUUAUGUGUGAGGUUUUAGGGCCAAAAUGUUUUAAGGGUGCCCUUUCAUUGGAUCAGGCUUUUGUAAUUGCAGACUAGAAAGAAAAUUGUGUUCUUCUUAUUUGUACUGUAACUGAGAGCACAAACAGGCAGGAUACAAGAGACCAACCCUGACAUAUUCUGCCCAUGGAUCCAGCCCAUUCCUGCCCCCAGCACUUACCAUGUCUUCAUGGCAACAGACAAGUGUUCAGAUGCCCACCUGCCUACCCAUUGCACUGUGGAGCCAUUGCCACUAUCUCAAGUGUUCUCUGUGCAGGCUCCCACCAAGAGGGCAUCUGACUUCAUCCACAUGGACAGGCACCCCUUUCCGAUAUUAUAGGCCACAACUACAAGAAAAUGGCAGUGGCAGUUAAGGGGGCAUAUGACCAUCUGCACUACCAGCUGUCACUGUGAAGUUUUUGGGAAACACAGCCACAAACAGCCAGAUAUUUUAAACUGGGCUAAGGGCUAGGGUUGGCCUGACUGACCUGCAUCAUCUCACCGGGGACAGAUCUUUUGACCCAUGUGUACAGCCCCUGAAUGAACAAAGCAAUCAACUACUAGAUUUUAAUUCUGGCUCAUGACAGUGCAGAGUCUUUGAGCAGCUUGUUCUCUAGAGCAGUUUGAUUAUGAAAUAACAGAGUUCACAUAUUUCCUGCCAAUAGCAAAGCAUUACAACAUUUAAUUUUUAAUAAAAAUGAAUAGUAUGUCAAUGAAUGUUUUUAAUAAUAAUUUUAAUACUGAC